AGGGGAAACAGAGAGAGAGGGGGGGGGGUAGGAUAGAGUGAAAUGUUCUGCGAUUGAAGGAGAGUGAGCAUGAGAGGGAGAGAGACUAGAAGACUAAACCUUUUUGACUGCCAGUAUUUUGUGGACCGGUCAGGAUACACCAUUGAACAGAUUACCGGUGUCCCCUGAAGGAGCAGGAGGCAAAAAGCAUGGAGGUGGAGGGAUGAGUUAGAAAACAAGAGGCUAGAGACAAAAUGGCUACAGUCUCCACUGGUUCUGAAUUUGGUACCGGUAGGUGAGUUUACUUCUGGAGCUCUGCUCCUCUAUGUUUCGCUACAGAUAAUUAUCUGCACUCUUCCAUGGACAAUCUCAACGGCAGCUACUGUCAGUUAUAGCUCUCUCUUCUCUGGCCAUCUGACAGCAGACAUUAAAACAGGACAAUAUAUAUCACUCAUUACUUUCCUGCCUUGGAGAGCUCAAAUGGAGAGUCCAAACAUCUGCCAGUCGUUGUCGUCUCCGACAGUUGAACACAUCUGUCAUCUCCCGGAGCGUAGGCUUCUGUUGCUGGGGGGACCAGGAGCUGGGAAGAGCACCACAGGGAAUGCCAUCCUAGGUGAGGAGAUCUUCCAGACUGGGACAGAGACUAUCCACAGCACCGUUGGCCACGGGGGGGUUUGCAGGAGGCGUAUCACUGUGGUUGACACCCCAGGCUGGAUUAUACCCCAUGACUCAGCGGAUGAUAACACAGGGGCCCCGCCAGAGCAGGCUAGCAAGGAGGGACCCUGUGUCGGUGCCACCCUCUGUCCCCCAGGGCCCCACGCGCUCCUGCUGGUGGUCCCCGUGUCACAGCCCUUCACAGAGGGCCACAGGAAGGCAGCAGAGAAGCAGCUGGGUCAUCUAGGAGGAGGGGCCUGGAGGUCCACCAUGGUGCUCUUCACUGGGGUCGACAAGCUACCGGAGGGGACGUUCGUAGAGGAGUUCAUUGCAGCUGGGGAGCCCCUUCAGUGGCUGGUGGAGAGGUGUGGUAACAGAUACCAUGGCCUGGAUAGUUACACACAGCAGAGUGGGGAUGACAACAUGGUGAACACACAAGUUCAGGAGCUGCUGGAGAAGGUAGAGGAGCAGGUUAAGGAAAACCAUGGCUGGUAUUUUGCAGUAAAUGAACUGAUUCUGCUAGAGGAGGAGCAGGCAAGGAAGGCGGUGGAAGAGAGGCGGGUGAGAGAGGAGCGGGAGGAAAGGGAGAGGCAGAGACUGCGGAUGGUCGGAGGGCCUCCCAGAGAGCUGAGGGUCCUCUUGUUGGGAUGGAAAGGAGUGGGAAAAAGUUCUGUAGGGAACACCAUCCUGGGCCGGCGGGACUUUGAGUCUGGAACAGAGACGGAGCAGAGCCUUAGGAGGCAGGCUGAGGUGGCUGGACGCAGGGUCACUAUCGUUGACACCCCUGGCUGGGACUGGUUCUCCGUCAGACGUACCCCGAAACACGUGAGACAGGAGUCGAAGCGAGGUGCCACCCUCCUCCGGCCUGGCCCCCACACCCUUCUCCUGGUGCUGCCAAUCAUCUCCACACUCACUUCACGCAAGAGGCGGACCCUGGAGGCCCACCUGGAGGGCCUGUUUGGUGAUAGGGCGUGUCUCCACACCAUGGUGCUGUUCAGCUGCGGGGAUUGGCUAGGCCGAACGCCCGUCGAGGAGCACAUUCAGAAGGGAGGGCGGGAGCUCCACAGGUUGUUGGAAUACUGUGGGAACUAUUAUCACGUGGUGGACAGCAAGAUGCCGGGGAAGGACACAAGGAACAUCUCAGAUCUGCUGGACAAAAUAGAGGAAAUGAUCAGAGAGAAUGGUGAUGAGGCCUUCUUGCCAAUACAGAUGGAUGAAGAAAGCCCUGAGUCAUCUGAGAACAACAGCCCUGAAGAGGACUGUAGCAGAGGAUGCCAGCUCCAGUAGUGACAAAGGGAGAGAGUAGCCAGGAGCACAUGCUUACACACUGUAAGGUGGACAUGCUCUCACACUCCAAGCCAAAACAUUCACAUUUCAAAGUGGCCUGGUGUUUAAUUACACUGGAAAUGAAAUGAAAUAACACAUACAAUGCCUUCAGAAAGUAUUCACACCCCUUGACUUGUUCAAUGGAAAAGGUCAAGGGGUGUGAAUACAUUCUGAAGGGACUGAACAUGUAUUCAAAGUAGUUGGGUCAUUCUUGAAUUGCUGUGGCAUUUGCGUCCCUCGCCUUUGCAACCAUGAAAAACACUUUAAAAGGACAAAUAAUUGCACAUCAUUCAUGUUUUUGUUUGUAUUGAACUGUUUAUCAAUGAUACAACAUAAUGCAAGUCCUUUAUACUGCAAAACUGCAUGCAGUACUUAAUGAAAGCACAUUGUAGCGACAUAUUUUGGGCAUUAAAUGCAUUAAGAGAUAUCCAUCUACCAUUUUGAAUGCUAGAAAGUAACAACAUAUUGUAUAGUUCAAUGAAAACAAAUAAAGGCUAUUAAAAAGAAGGAAGGAUUGGAAAUUAUGCUUAGAAUUACAUUGAUAGAAGUCACAAUCUCUCUGCAAUAUUAAAGCUGAUCUCAUUACUCAUUCCAAAGAUAUACAAGGCAACAGUAACCAUGUCGUCCCCCACUAAUGAUGCAGCCUUGAGCCAAUUAAUAACAGCAAUUCAAACAAGGGUGACACUUUAUUUGAAGGUACACAUAUGAGCCACUCAUUUCUAGUUUAUAAGUAUGUAUGCAAGUAGAUUACAAGGCCUUUAUUAUGUGUUAUUAGCCAUUUAUUAGGCCUUAAUUAAGUUGAUUUGUUAUUCAAACAUUAUAAUGCAUGUAAUAAUAACCUCAUUAUUAGCUAUAAUAAAGUCAUAUUUAUUGUUAAUAAAUAUCAA